CAUACUAUGAGGAUAUGUCAAAACACUUUUUUCCUAUUCGAGGGGGUAUUCCUAUGCAAGUUCUGACCUCAACGGCUGUCCAUGAGCACAUAUUAAACUGUAGGCUUAUUAUCUAAGGAAUACUAAAUUCAUUGUAAUUGGGUUAUACUUUAGUUUAUAAUGGCUUUUACAAUGCUUCGGCCGGUGGCAACUCACCCCUUCUCCUCCUACCCUCCUGAUCUCAACAUGAUCUCGGACGACGAGGAGAACCGCAGCGAGAGCGACGGCAGCUCUGACCAGAGCUAUGAAUGCUGUGCCUCUUCAGAUAAGACUUGUCGGCAGCUUUCCCGCAUGGUGGGAGUCGGUGGGGUUGUUGUGGUCAAACAGCGCAACACAGCCAACGCCAGGGAGCGAGACCGGACCCAGAGCGUCAACACCGCAUUCACCGCGCUCCGGACACUCAUACCUACGGAGCCGGUGGACAGAAAGCUCUCCAAAAUUGAAACGCUCCGGUUGGCGUCCAGCUACAUCUCACACUUGGCCAACGUUCUGGUGCUUGGUGACGGGCGUGAGGAUGGGCAGCCGUGCCUGAGUGCAGUGUACCGCGCGCAAGGACAUGGAGAGAGGAAGCAACCCAGAACUAUCUGUACCUUUUGCUUGAGCAACCAGCGAAAAGGGGGGAAAGAUGGUCGGGGUUGUCUGAAAAUGCGUGGAGCCAGUGCACUACGAAUGAGCCGAAAAUAGACGGCUCUCAGACUUCAAGGAUUGUUGAAUUCAAGUCAGCACCUCAGGGAAAAAACUCUAGCUAAAACACCCACUGUACAUAUACCGACACAUAGGCCAGAAUGCCCUCCAACUUUGGGAAAAGACUGUCAAAAAGACGCGUUUCAGGAAUUUGUUUGUGUGAGAAAAGGCUACUCCUCUCUGCCGCAAUGCUGGUUAUGGAAAAUGUGAUUUUGGAGGAACAUUGUCAUAAAUGACACUUUAUUUGGUUGCCUUUUCAACAUAAUUUCAAAUUUUGCUUUAAAAUUCUAUUUUUACAUAGUUGUCCCUAGUCUUUAUUUCAGCCCCUCAAUACCAACAAUAUUGUGGUGUUAUUUUGAUAUAACUUACAAAAUGUCUACCAACAAACAGAUUUUUUUAAAGAUAAAGUAUGUCUGGGAAUUUCCGAUACAGUUUACCUUAUCCUUCAGCAAUGCUAAGGAAUCUUUGCUAAGGAAGUGCGCGAGAUAGGGCCUUUCCAAAAUUUCUGAGAUUGGCCAACCAAAGGCCUUUUGAGCCUAAUAAGGAUAGGACAUGUCAGUGUGUGAGGAAAAACAUGAAUCACUCUGAAACAUCACGCUCUGAAUUUGCUCUAAAAAGUUCAAGGGAAAACAGGAAAGGCAACAUGAAUAGUGUCGGUAGAUCUUUUGUCAAGACUAAUGAUUACUCAUGGAAACUAUCAAAACGUAUGGCAUCUUGCUGGACCGAUGCCCAAUAUCAGGCAAAGAUGGUAAAAGCCAAAGGUAGUGAGUUGAACAAUUGGUAACACUUUAGUUAAAUCCUGCACUUUAGUUAAUGCUUUAUAACCUGUUUCUGUAAACACAUAUAGGAGCCUCUAUUAAUGUCUUAUAAUAAGGCUUAAAAAUGUCAUGUCUCUAUCUAUGAGUUAUUUUUGAGGUUGGUUCAGUUUCAGAUCGAUUAUAACAUUUUUUUUAUCAUGGUUUUCGAUUUCAGUUUCUAAUAUUAAGUGUUACAUUAAAUGCACUAUGCAUUAUGUGGGUUGAAUGCUGCAACACAGAAUAACACAAUUAAUACAAGUCAAUGGAUGGUUGUGACUGCCCAUUACUGUUUAUCACUUAAUUGACCAUCAUUUAUUCAGAUGAAUUUCAUAAAAUAAUUGUUUUACUUGAUGCCUUUAUUAUUUCAGUCAUCAUCUUAUCUCUAUAGAGCAGCUGCCUCUGCAAUCUGACAAAAUCACGAUUUUAGUAGUUCUUCAAAGUAAAUAAGGCAUACUUUUAUGACUGCUGAAUAACUAUCAAUCGCUUAGAUCAUGCAUUUUCAGGCUCAUGAAGCAACUGCUUCACUUCCCUCUCCAUCGCGCGUUCUCUCUUCAGUCUCCGUGUCUGCGCCGCAAAAGUUUAAAUUGAACCAAUGUCGGUCAAUUAUUUGUUUAAGAACCGAAAAAAUAUGUUGGUUUAAUUGCUCAGCACUACUAUAUAUGUAUCAACAUUUCCACUGACUCAAACUCAUUAUGAGAUGAUUAAAAGACAUUAUAAAGGGGUCAGUCAUGCAUUUUCAAGACAAUGAUUAUCACAUAAUGCAUUGUCUCUGUUGGCUUAAAGUAAAGUGAUACCAAUUGAACAAAUUCAGUGUUUGAGUUUCAGAUCCAUGUCUAGCAAUUCGCAAGUCUGCAGUAAAGUGCACUUAGAGUAUAAACCAUUCAAUGGUUUUGGCUUAUUGAAGCUGUAUUUCAACAGCUGCAGAGGAUCCCAGGAAGCAGUAAGCUGCAGGGCUUUAACACUGGUGUGUUUGAGUAAAUCUUGCUGGUUUUAAUGCACAUGUGCUAUUAAUUAGUCACACCUAAUAUCACCUAGCAGCCUGUGUUGAGCAAAACACAGCUGCUGAUAUGUUAAUGGCGUAAAUCACAACUCUCCGGAGCUGGAGAGGUAUGGAGGGGUCAGAGAGCUGUGUGUAUGUGUGUGGGUGCGUGUGUGUGUGUGUGUGCAUGCCUUUGUAUGUCUGAGUGUGUCAGUGAGAGAGAGAGAAAGAGAGUUUAUAAGAGCUGAGUUAUUGUUUUUUAAAGCACCUCUAAACCUGUGUAAGAUGAGAUUUAGUCAUUUCUUUAAGUCCUCUGUCAUAAAGCCAACUUGUAAUUUCAAAUAGAUUUAUAUGAUGUAUUUUCCUCAUAACACAUUGACAUUGUUUGAGUGGUUGGUUACCUCAACUCUGAUAAUAUAAGGCCAAUAAAAGAAUAUCAGUAGCCUGGUUGUCUGUCUGUUAAGCCACUCCUUGUACUCCAUGUUAUGUGCCGUGGAGUGGAAUGUUAGCUAAACAGACUGGCAAUCAGGCUACAAUAUCACAGCUCCCAUUACCAGAUUUGGAAUGUUGUCAUGUCUCCACAAUUACUACGUUACUGUAAAUGGCAAGUGUUACAAAGUGGCAUUGUUGUAGUUACAGCCACAACCCAUCAAUAAUGUACAAUUAAUUGUGCACUUGCAUAAAAAGCACCCCCAGUCCCUUCUCCACCUGCUGUCCAACAGACCUGGGUUCAAAAACUAUUCAAAAUCAUUUGACAUACUUUAACUGGGCUUGAUUGAGCUUGCCUGGCGCAAUUGAAUCAAUAGAAUAGUCGCAAAGAUGCAAACCCCGUCCACCUGGCACUCCAGGCAGACUAAAGCAAAUGCUUUAAAGAAUAUUAAACAUUUCAAAACACUGUCAAAACGGGACUAAUUAGAAACUGCUGUUUGACUGAGCUUAUUCUGUAACUCUGGGUCUUGGGGCCCACUAGGGCCCCUUCAAAUGGCUCCCAGAGGCCCCCGAGGCAGGAAGAUGUCACGGAGGAACAGGAAGGAAAAGCAGGAACAGCCGACCCGGCAAAGGCCCUCCCUGUGGGGCCAGCAGGUCCUGGGUCAGUGCCAGUCCUGACAUCAGCCUGCAGAGCUGGGGUCCAGAUGUCCAGCUUCUAAUUUUAAUUAAUGGGUGGGAAAGCCUGGCAUUCCAUCAUGUAUUAUAGUCCAGAGGAAUGUACUGUUUCACAAAGUCCCUAACAGCUGGUAAGGUUAUGAGAGAAAAUGUGUUACACUGUUACAGUACAACAACCUGCAGGCUACUGUAACACCGCCUGGUAUGGAGGAUGCUGUUGUUACUUACCUUUAUUAUUAAGUUGACAUUUACAGCAACAGCCUGUAUGUAUGUUGUUGAGAACAGAACAUUUGACUGCCAUUGAGUUGAGACGGAAUAAAAGGAAGAUAUACACUUUAAA